UUACACUCACAAACAACUCAGAGCUCGCGACUCAUCGUCCCUACAAUCGAAGCCAAUUUCGCAAGCUCCAACCCUAGCCAUGGAGAUCGCCAACAAGGCGGCGCUCAACCCCUUCUUCUUCGCCGGCUCCUCCACCCUCCUCGGCCGCGCCGUCGCGGUCCGCGUCCUCCUGUCCCGCUCCCUCCCCGGCCUCCUCCGCGCGCAGCUCGCGCGGCGCCUCCACCGCGGGAACGCGCGGAGGAUCCUCGCGGCGGCGGCGCUCGUGGCGCUCCUGCUGCGGCGCAUCGCGGGGGCGCGGGCGCGCGCGGCGGCGGCGUGCAGGCGCGGGUUCUGGCGCGAGGCGAUGCGGAGCGCGCUCUCGUACGAGGAGUGGGCGCACGCCGCGAAGAUGCUCGACGCGGAGACCCGGCCGAGGGCGAGCGAGGGCGAUCUCUACGACGCGGAGCUGGUGCGGAGCAAGCUCGCCGAGCUGCGGCGGCGGAGGGAGGAGGGUUCGUUGAGGGAUGUGGUGUUUCAUAUGCGCUCCGAUUUGAUCCGGAAUUUGGGGAACAUGUGCAAUCCCGAGCUCCACAGGGGGCGCCUUCAGGUGCCUAAACUCAUAAAGGAAUACAUUGACGAGAUCUCAACUCAACUAAAGAUGGUGUGCAACUCUGACUCCGGCGAGCUGCUCCUCGAAGAAAAGCUUGCGUUCAUGCACGAGACACGGCACGCGUUCGGCAGGACGGCCCUGCUCUUGAGCGGCGGUGCUUCGUUAGGAAACUUUCAUGUAGGCGUUCUGAAAACACUCAUACAGCACAAGCUUCUCCCUAGGAUCGUUGCGGGAUCGAGUGCGGGUUCGAUCUUGUGCGCUAUCGUCGGAACACGGUCGUGGCCUGAGCUCGAGAGCUUCUUCGAGGAUUCUUGGCUUUCUCUGCAGUUCUUCGAUCAGAUGGGCGGUGUAUUCACAGUGCUGAAGCGGGUGAUGACGUACGGGGCAGUUCACGAUAUUCGGCAACUGCAGAGGCUUCUGAGACAUCUCACGAGCAACUUAACAUUUCAAGAGGCUUACGACAUGACGGGCCGCAUCCUCGGCGUCACCGUUUGCUCUCCUAGGAAGCACGAGCCGCCUCGAUGCCUUAACUACUUGACUGCGCCUCAUGUCGUUAUAUGGAGUGCGGUGACUGCUUCGUGCGCAUUUCCGGGCAUCUUUGAGGCGCAAGAGCUAAUGGCGAAGGAUCGGUUUGGGGAGCUUGUUCCUUUUCAUGCGCCCAUUUCGGUGGUGGGAUGCGGCGAGGAAGCUUCGAGCGGUUCGGCACGGCGUUGGAGGGACGGAAGCUUAGAGAGUGAUUUGCCCAUGAUGCAGUUGAAGGAUUUGUUUAACGUAAACCAUUUCAUUGUUAGCCAAGCCAAUCCCCACAUAACCCCAUUUUUGAGGUUGAAGGAGCUGGUUAGAGCUUACGGAGGCAACUUCGCCGCCAAGCUUGCGAAUCUUGCUGAAAUGGAGGUCAAGCAUCGAUGCAAUCAAAUUUUGGAACUUGGCUUUCCGUUGGGAGGUAUCGCUAAAUUGUUCGCGCAAGAUUGGGAGGGCGAUAUCACGAUGGUUAUGCCGACUACACUCUCUCAGUAUUCGAAGAUUAUACAGAAUCAAUCUUACUCAGAGCUCCAAAACGCAGCCAACCAAGGCAGGAGAAGCACUUGGGAGAAGCUCUCUGCGAUCAGGGCAAACUGUGCGGUCGAACUUGUAUUGGACGAGUGCGUCGCCCUUCUUAACCACACGCGUAGGCUUAAAAGAAGUGCGGACCGAGCUGCUGCUGCUGCUGCUGCUUCUUCUCAAGGAUGCACCAGAAAUAAAAGAUUCAAUGCUCCAAGGAGAAUCCCAUCUUGGAAUCGCAUUGCGAGCGAGAACUCAUCAGGUUCUCUCGAAGAAGAGUUCCUCACGGAUUCCUCUGCUUCAGUUCACCAAGGAAUGGACAGAAACCUUCGUCCCCGACCAAGUGUAUAUGAAACUAGUGAUAGCGAGUCGGAGAGCAUAGAUUUGAAUUCUUGGACAAGAAGCGGCGGGCCUCUCAUGAGGACCGACUCGGCGAAGAAGUUCAUUAGUUUCAUUCAGAAUUUAGAGAUCGCGUCAGAAUUAAAACACAGUAGUCCAAGGGAAGAUGAGCUUAAUGCUUCAGCAGUAAACAACUCGAAUUCUGCGUCCGCUCAGAUGGUAAGUCCAUCAUACGCUAGCUCAAGAGAAAAUACAGACGGUGAAUCAUGCGAGGCUCGCGGCAGCAGAGCCCUUCUUGCAAGUGCUUCUACCAGCUUUAUGGUUUCCGAAGGUGAUCUAUUGCAGCCUGAAAGGACUGACGGCGGAAUUCUGUUCAGUAUUGUGAAAAAGGAGAAUCUGUUUGUACAAGGAAACGGCGAGACCGAUCUGCGGUUAGGCUGUAUGAGAGAAGCUGAUGUAGAAUCUGUAAAAGCUGAAUGCCACGAUGCUCUUUCGGCAUGCGACGAUGAUGGUGACGACGACGAUGACGAUGAUGAUGAUGCUGCUGCUGCAUCAGAUUGUGACUGAACAUUUGAUCAAUGUAUAGCGAUUGGAUAGAUAGAAAGCUGAUGAGGUUACCGAUUUU